AUGGCAACUGGAAUUGCUGCCAUUGGGAUUCCACAUUUGGGGGCUGAUAUUCAGAAUUUCACAGAUGAAGAAUUAUUAAUUUUACUGAAAAAUAAAAAGUUGUCCCUUCACAAACUGGAGAACGAUCUUGGAAAUUGUGAACGUGCCGUCGUCGUUCGGAGAAAAUUUAUUUCUAAAUUAGUAAAUUGUGAAGAUGCAUUAAAUGAGCUUCCUUUUACAAAUUAUAAUUAUGAAAUGGUAAUGGGUGUCUGCUGUGAAAAUGUAAUUGGAUAUAUGCCACUUCCAGUGGGAAUUGCAGGACCUUUGUUGCUAGAUGGAAAGAAUUAUUACAUUCCAAUGGCAACGACAGAAGGUUGCUUGGUUGCCAGCACUAACAGGGGAUGUCGUGCAAUUAGUCUUUCAGGUGGUGUAAAAAGUAAUGUUACUGGAGACGGCAUGACAAGAGGUCCCGUCGUGAGAUUACCUUCCGUUCAACAAGCCGUAACUGUUAUGAAUUGGUUAAAUGAAGAAGAAAAUUUCAAAUAUUUGAAAUCAGUAUUUGAUUCCACAAGCAGGUAA